AUGAUUCCAUCUUUAAAUUUAAAAAAUAUUUCAAAUCUAAAUAAUAAUAAUAAUGACCAAAAUACAAGCAGUGGUGGUGGUGGUGGUAAUAAUGAAGAUCAUGGUACAUUGUCUCCAAGAUCCAGAUCAGUUCCAUACAUUUCAAAUGUAGCAGCUCUACAAUUGUUGGACGAUCCAAAGGGAACGAUUGGAAGAAAUGCUACCAAUGUUGCCAUUUCAUUUCUCGAUGAAAUGAAUUCUCAUUCACUCGAAUCACCUCGUCUCAAACAACAACAACAACAACGAAUCAAGAUCUCUCAAAUGGAUAGAUAUUUGGAACUUACUCGUGGAAGUAAUAGUAGACCCAAUCAAACCGUUACCAUUGAAUCAUUAUCCUAUUCUGUCAUGGAACGUGACUCAUUAUUCUCUAAAAAGACUUUGAAGCCAAUCUUAUCAAAUAUUUCUUUCUAUUUAAAGCCAGGAAUGAUGGUUUUAUUAUUAGCAGGACCAGGUUCUGGAAAAACAAGUUUAUUUAAAUGUUUGGUUAAUAGAGUACCAAAAAGAGGAAUUGUCGAUGGAAGACUAUUAUUUGAAGGUCAAUUUAUCGAUCCAAAGUCUCACCAUAAUGAAUUUAUUUAUGUUUCUCAAUCUGAUAAUCAUAUUCCAACUCUUACUGUUGCAGAGACUUUAGAUUUUAGUAUUGAAUGUCAAUCAAAUUUGGAUCAAGAAAAGAAAAAAGAAUUGCGAGAUAUCAUUUUAAAGAUGCUUGGUAUGGAACAUUCACAAGAUACAAUUAUCGGAAAUAAUGUGCUUCGUGGUAUUUCUGGUGGUCAAAAGAAACGUAUGACUAUUGCUGUUGAAUUGGUAAAAGGUGCCAAAACUAUUAUAAUGGAUGAACCAACUUCAGGAUUAGAUUCGACAACAUCAUUUGAAUUGUUGAAUAACAUCAAAAUGAUAUCACAAAAUGCAAAUGUUCCAGCAAUGGUUUCCCUUCUCCAACCGUCACCAGAGAUAUUUUCACUCUUUACACAUGUUAUGAUGAUGAAUAAUGGAAUGUUGACCUAUUUUGGAACAAAGGAACAAGUUUUACCCUAUUUUGAAUCAUUUGGUUUAAGAUGUCCUCUUACAGUGAAUCCAGCAGAGUAUCUUGCAAAUAUUUAUGAAUUGGCAAAAUUAAAUCCAACAAAUGAAACCUUAUUACUACGAUCAAAUGAUGAUUUUGUAAACGCCUAUCUAGAGUCAAAUGUUUUUAGAGAUACAAUGGAUUCAUUAAGAGCUGAAAAGUUACAACUUAGACAUAGAAGAAGAACCAUUCAGAUUGUACAAUCAUCUUCGCCAAAAGGAAAUGAAAUUUCUCUUCAAGAAUUUCAUGCUGCCACCAAUGGUCAAACUUCUCCACCACCUCUAUCACUGGUUGAACAACCAACAUCAUCAUCAUCAUCAUUUCAACUACCAUUGCACAGACAAAUUGCAUUGUGUCUUAAACGUGCAUUUGUUAUGACUUCAAGAGAUAGACCAGCAUUGACGUCUCGUAUUAUCAAAAGUUUGAUUUUAGGUCUCUUGAUUGGUAGUUUGUUCUUUAGACUUGGUAAAAAUCAAACUGCAACUCAACUUUUACCAUCUCUCACCUUUUUCCUCAUGACAUUUGUCGUGUUUGGUUCAUUAUCUGGUGUUCAACAAUUAUUUUUAGAAAGACCUAUUUAUUAUGAUCAAAAAUAUGUAUGUAAAAAUAGUAACCUCAUUAUUAAUAAUAAUAUUUCAUUUUCCUAUACUAAAAAGGGAAAGUAUUAUAAAACAAUUUCAUAUUUUAUUGCAGGACUUGUUUCAGAUUUGGUUUGGAACUUUAUGGAUGUUAUGAUUUUCGGUGCUACAACCUAUUGGAUGGUUGGACUAUCAGCAACAGUUGAUAGGUUCUUAUUUUUUAUUUUAUUGGUUUAUUUAUUAGAUUCAUUGGUGAUUAGAGUAUCAAAAACAGUUAGUAUUUUUUCACCAAGUCCAGUAAUAGCCAGUACUAUUGCACCAAUGUAUUUCUCACUCUUUCUAUUGAUGGCUGGAUAUAUGAUUCCUACUCAGAGUAUUCCACCAUAUUGGAGAUGGAUGCACUAUUUGUCGCCAUUCAAGUACACCUAUGAAAGUUUACUCAUCAAUGAGGUAAUGGGUCAAACCUAUGAAUGUACAUUUUCAGAGUUGAUGCCUCCUAUUCAAGAUCCUCGUCUUUAUCUACCAUUUCCUCAAGGUUUCAAUGGUUCUCGUAUUUGUCCCACCACAACAGGUGAACAGAUCCUAGUUUUCAAAGGAAUCGAAACCACCAUCGAUCAAAAGUUCAAUUCAAUCUACAUUCUCUUGGCAAUGUAUUUUGUAUUUUGUGUCGUUUCAUUUAUUGGUCUCUUUUUUAUUGUUCAUGACUCCAUCUCUUCAAAGCCAGUCAACGAAGAGCUCAAAUCAAGUAUCGAAAACAGUCGUGCCAGAUCCAAUAGUUUGAUUUACCAACAUCAACACCACAAACUUCCUGGUAGAGAUAGAUCAACUAGUGGUGCUGGCGGCAUAGAUCUCGAAGCUGGAUUGGGCAAGGUAGAAUCGAGAAGAGAAAAGUUUAGACGUAGAACAACUUCUGGUGUCAUCACAAUGAAAAAGAAACUGUCAGAUGGUUGUUAUUUGACCUUUAAGAACCUAUCAUACACUGUAAAGGUUCAAAAAGUAAAUAAUGGAAUGGUCAAGAGAACCUUGUUGGAUAAUGUUAGUGGUUUUGUUGCACCUGGUACCCUUUUGGCUUUAAUGGGAAGCUCUGGUGCAGGAAAAUCAACUUUACUCGAUCUACUUGCAGAUAGAAAGACAGGAGGUGAUAUAUCUGGCGAAAUAUUACUUAAUGGAAGAAAGAUUGAUAGAUUCUACAAUAGAUACAUUGCCUAUGUCGAACAGGAAGAUUUAUUGCCAGAUUGCCAAACAGUACAAGAAGCCAUCACAUUUUCAGCCACUCUUCGUCUCCCUUCAGAUGUUACACCAGAAGAAAAGAAUGAUGUAGUAAUGUACAUUCUCGAUGUUUUGGAACUUGUCAGUAUUCGUCAUAUUCAAAUUGGAAAGGCUGGAUUUGGUCUUUCAACUGAACAAAGAAAACGUGUCAAUAUUGGUAUCGAAUUGGCUUCAAACCCUGAUAUUCUUUUCUUGGAUGAACCAACAUCAGGAUUAGAUUCUGCUCAUGCACACAAAAUUAUGACUCUUAUCAAAAAGAUUACAACUCAUGGUCGUUCAGUCAUUUGUACUCUUCAUCAGCCAUCGGAAAGUAUCUUUAAGAUGUUUGAUUCCAUCUUACUUUUGACCCAAGGAGGAUACACAGCCUACUUUGGACCUGUUGGUAUUAAUUCACAGACCAUUCUAAAGUACUGUCGUGAUAAUGGCCAUCAUUGUCCAAAGGAUAAAAACCCUGCAGACUUUUUAUUAGACUAUUCAUCGUCUAUUAAUGUGCAACAACGACUUUUGGCUCACGAUCAAACCAUUCCACCUAGUUUUAUUCGCAAGCUUUUAAACUCUUUGAAAAGUUUGGUUGGAAAAUCAUCGACUCCAACAACAACAACAAUCGAUAUUCAACAACCAGAGUUAUCCUCCAAUUCACAUAAACCAAAUAAUGAUCAACCCAACAACAAUAACAAUAAUAAUAAUAAUAAUAAUAAUAAUAAUAAUAAUAAUAAUAAUAAUAAUAAUAAUAAUAAUAAUAUUCACCAAGACACAAAAUCAAUGAUUAUUCCAAUGACUGAAUUGUCAACCAGUCUCCAUCAUCAACAACAACAACAACAACAACAACAACAACAACAACAAAAGAAAGAUGUGGUUGAUUAUUAUCUCGAGUCAAGAUUGUCAAUUGAAAAUACUCAAACCAUUGAUGAUGGAUUGCCAAUUGGAUUUGUUUCGAAAAGAUUUCAAGAAAGAUUUGCCUCUUCUAUUUGGUUACAAUUUGGAGAACUAUUCAAGAGAUCUUUCCGCAGCGCCUUUCGUAGACAAAACCUUCUCUUUGCUCGUGUACUUAGAUCGUUGGUGUUGGCAAUUGUAAUUGGAACACUCUAUUUGAACAUGGGAUUCGAUCAAGAAGGUGUUCAAAACCGUAUAUCGUUUAUCUUUUUCACCUCGACCUUUGCCUCCAUUUCUUGCCUGUCCAACAUUCCUUCCAUCUUUGAAGAACGUGUUCUUGCCUAUAGGGAAUUGGACUCAAGUUUCUAUCGUCACUUUGUCUUUGGUGUGACACUGGUGAUAUCUGAUCUCCCUUUUACACUCGUCUACUCACUGCUAUUUAGUGCACCCAUCUACUGGAUGUCAGGACUGCAAAGAGAGUUUCUAGCUUUUCUUUUGUUUGCCUCUAUCUACUACCUCUACUUUCAAAUACUCAUUUUCGUCUCUAUCCUCUUGGGUUUGGUAAGCCCAAAUCUCAGUGUGGCUAAUGAAAUUAGUGGUAUUCUAUUUAGUAUCUUUUGUCUGUUUGCUGGAUUCAUCAUUCGUCCUCAGCUCAUUCCAAAAUACUUUAUAUUCCUCUAUCACUUUUCGUUUACAAAGUACUUGGUGGAAUUGUUGACCAUCAUCGAGAUGACAUUUAAACCUAUUCAAUUCCAUUGCACAGAUUCACAAAUGGUUCAAGUACCAGUCAUCAACGCUGACAAUUCUACUACCUACAAAGAAUUCUGCGCAAUUGUCAAUGGAGAUAUUGUUUUGGAAAUAUUCGAUUUAAAUCACCCUAAUCGUAAACGUGAUGAUAUUCUCAUUCUAUCAUCUUUUCUUGUUUUCUUAAUCAUCUUUAUCAUUGCUUCAACUAAAUUAUUUAAAUUUAAAAAGAGUUAG